AUGGGGUGCUUCCGCCUUAGCAACUUCAUCGCUCUCAUCGGCGUCCUUUUGGUUGGUCCGACGAAAACAUCAGGUGCAGCUGUUUCCGUUGUACCUCAAGCAAGUAGCGACGGUCUUUGUUAUAAAUAUGUUGUCCAGGCUGGCGAAACUUGUUCUAUGAUUGCUCAAGCACACGCUAUCACCGCGGCGGAUAUCGAAACUUACAACGCUCGAAGCUGGAAAUGGCCUGGGUGCGGACAGAUACCACAGGGUACUUUCAUCUGUCUCAGCGCCGGAGAGCCUAUAAUGCCAGUUGCCCUUCCAAAUGCUGUUUGUGGCCCCCAGGUGCCUGGGACAACACGUCCCAACAACUGGUCUGAACUGGGAUCUUUGAAUCCAUGUGCGGCCAAUGAAUGCUGCUCUUCGUGGGGUCUUUGUGGAACCACUCCUGACUUUUGCACUUCUGUGACUUAUGCCACUACAGCAUUAUCUAUAUCCACCGGCACCCGUCCCAAUGAAACAAAAACCUUACCGAAGAAGUCUACUGCAUCUACUGGCACGACUAAAUCUGUUCAGCAACUUGUGGCUAGCAGGGAGACCCCAUCCACUAGCAGGGCCAUAUUAACUAGUGCAACCAAGUCUGUCCCUACCACUAAGUCAACCACCACGACCACCAGGACUACUUCCACCAAAACUACAUCUACAAAGCCUGCCAAACCAUCCAAAACCACAUCGACAACUUCAACUAAAUCACCCCAAACAAAAACAAGCACUAGCAGUAAAAGGCCGGCACCUGUUGAUCCAUGGUCGCUCACAAUGUACAGCAAGGACUGCGUGGGCGACUACUACGUACUCCAGGGACACAAUGUGGGCUACUCAAAUACCUGCCUGAAUCUGCACAGUGGCCUAAGCAGCAAGUACACAGAGACGGGUGUUUCCUGCAAAUGGUUUACAGACGGCGGCAACUCCCACACUAAUUGUGAUGCCGGCACCCUCGAAGCACCUCAAUCCUGGAUAGUUCAGGGUGGUAUCUGCACUGUAUAUGAUGUUAAGAAUUGCGGUGAUAGUUUGUUGUCUAAUGCUUACACGCAGAAGUCUUGUAAAAAUCGGGACAAAUUUGAUACGCCAAAGUUUCUUUCUAUGAAUUGUUAUGCUGAAGACUAA